AUGGGAAUUUACGACGAAUGCGUGGACGUGCGUCAUCCGGUGAUAGGACAGUAUUGCUUGUCCGAAAUAAAUCUAAGACCAUCGAUGGGCAGAGAUUACAGUUUCAACAGAACGGACAAUCUAGACGAUUUUGGGAAUAAUAAUGCCUGGAAAACAAUACUCGGGUGGGGCGAUUAUCCGGACAAAGUGAAACGAAACAGAUUGAAUUUAGGAAUAUGCAUUCCGGAUUCAUGUUCGGCAUUAGACCUGCAAACUUCAUUACAAAACGAACUGGACAAAGUGUUCACGCCAGAAGAGAUCGAGGCCGUUGUCAAAGUGGAUCCGAUCAUGUGCACUGUCAAAGGAGAUAUGUAUCCCUACAACACAUCGUACUACGUGACCAGGAUGUGUGUUUUAAUGAUUGUUUUGAUUUGUAGCGGCACAACGUUGUAUCAUUACAUAAGAAUAUCAUACGAUAAAAAUCCAAAAAAAUCAAUUAGUGAAGGUUUUGGUUCAUUUUGCGAUACUUUUUCAUUUAUUGAUUCAAGUAAAGCCUUGUUAAAAUUCGAUAAGGACAGCGAACUGAAUGCUCUCUAUGGAUUUAAAGUGAUAAUGAUGAUCUCCAUUAUCAUGGUUCACAGAUUAUUUUCUAUAGUUGGAAACCCGUUGAGUAACCCUAAACGCUUAGAAAGUGUUUAUCUCAAUGGACCAGAUUUUCUAUUAACUGCUUCGAACAUAAUCGACCCAUUUUUUUUCAUAAGCGGUUUUGUUAUGUAUCUGAACAUCUCUCGUGUUCAGAAUGUUACCGACUUAUUGCGCAAUGAUGGCUAUCACAGCGCACAUCGUACCUCAUCACGGCGACGGACCGCUGUGGCCAAAGAUAGUAUGAGAAGAAGCCGAAAUUUGCAAAAAUUAUUGGUGGACCAAUUUGUUGUUCAUAACCAAUUUUCUCGAAACAAAAUACGGAUGCCUCAUAGUGAACUACUACGUGUCUUGUGA